AUGCAGUUCACCACCAGCUCCAUCUUCCUCGGCCUCGCUGCCCUCGCUGUCGCUCUCCCUGCCGACCAGUCCACCAGCGCCAACGGCCUUCGCGCCCAGAAUGACAGCGAUGUCCGCUGGCACGUUCCCUCCAGCAUGACCGUUCAGGAGGCCCAGGCGAAGUGCGGUGACCAGGCUCAGCUGUCCUGCUGCAACAAGGCCACCUACGCCGGUGACACCACCGACGUCAACUCUGGCAUUGGUGGCGGUCUGCUCUCCAACCUGAUCGGUUCCGGCUCUGGCGCCGAGGGUGCUGGUCUCUUCGAGCAGUGCUCCAAGCUCGAUGCUCAGAUCCCCAUCCUGAUCGCCGUCCCCAUCCAGGAUCUGAUCAACCAGAAGUGCAAGCAGAACAUAGCUUGCUGCGCCAACAGCCCUGGCAACGCCAGCAACGACCUCGUCGGCGCCGCUCUUCCUUGCGUUGCUCUCGGCUCCGUUCUGUAA